AUGUGUAAUUACGAUGACAACCCCAAAGAGAGAUCAAUGGAACUUAUAAAUCUUUGUAAAAGGAUAGCAUGCAAAUACAUAAAUUUACCUAAUAUUGUUCGAUCGGAAAGAAAUUAUUACGAUCGCUGUUCAUAUUUCAUUAAUUGGGCACAAGAUGUAAUUAAAAAACAUUUUAAAGUCGAUUUAGCCAGUAAUUAUUACUAUCAUUUCAUUUUUAAACUUAUCGAUGUAGCUCGUUAUAUAAGUUGGGAAGAUUUAAAAUCCCCUCCUUGUCAACGUUUAUUUGAUAGUGAUUUCAGACAUUGGGAAGUUGAAAAAGAUAUACAUGAUUAUUUUAAAAACAUAGAUACUUUAAAAAGUAAAAUUGAUACUGAAGCUGAUAAACGAAAUUCCUACCUAGAAUAUUUAACUUAUAUUAAAGAUUUGUAUGAAAAAAACUACGUCGAAUGUUGCGAUCCGUAUGAUGUUUCAUAUAGUAAUUGUCCAAAUUAUUUUAUAUGUAAUCCAAAUUUCCAUCCGAGUGAAUUGAUAGCUAAAAUAAAGCCCGAUACUCAUGUUAAAAGAGUUAUAGUUGGUGGACAGAGAGGUAAUCCCCAAUUAUUAUCUACUGUACAAGCUUUAAGUGCAACUUGGACGUAUAAUCAGAACGUUAGAAAUGCAAGUCGAGGAGGAGAUUCAUCGAGCCUAUUUUUUUCUUCUUUAUUUACAGGUCUAAAUGGAGCAAAAAGAGCCUCCAAAUUACAAGGAAAAUCAUAUAGAUACGGUGUUGGUGGUCAAGAUGCGUAUUGUCCGAGUGGUACGACAUACGAUUAUAGAAUGCAUACCUGUAAAACUCGAGAAGGACUUAGCUUUAGAGUAGUUAAUUAUGGAAAAGAUUACGACCCAGCGACUCUAGAUAAUCAAAUUGAAUAUUUAGAUGAUAUAGGAAUUCUAGUUCCAGGGAGCAAAGGUGAAAGUCCAAGUAAAUAUAGCUCUUUUCGUCUAGGACUUUCAUGUGCUUUGGGAUUAAUUAUAAUCAUCGUUUUAUACCUUUUUAUUAAAGUAAACGAGAAUUGUGUGUUAAAAUGUUUACCUGCUAUAUGUCCUUACUUAUAA